AUGAAAGCUUUAAAAGCUGAGAGACAGAAGCAAACAUCUACAAAAAUUGUUAAAAGAGCUUCAAAACAGCCACGGACAAGUUAUAAUCUGCAUGAGGAUUGCUCAUCUUCUACGGCUGAUGGAGAUGAUUGCUUGAGGGAAAUUCUCAGGGACAAUUACAAAAAACUUCCGAAGAAGGGGGAGGAUUUAGAAGAUACAAACAUGAAAGUUGAAGUCGAAAAUAAACCAAAGAAGAAUACGAAAAAAGGAACAGGGAAGGAGAGUGUAUCGAAGAGUGUCAUCACCACAGAUGGAGGACUGAAAAGUAAUGGUGAUGAUGUGAAAGUGAAGAAAAGACCCAGGUUUGAGGAUAUCGGAGGAAUAGAAGUGGUUUUAGAUAGGAUCCAUGAUGAAGUGAUUGAUCCGCUUCGUUAUGGACAUCCAGUAUUGGACAAGAGGCUGGGAAUUAAACCCUCGGGUGGGAUUUUGCUGCAUGGACCACCUGGAUGUGGGAAAACCAAGCUUGCUCAUGCCAUUGCUAAUGAAGCUGGAGUUCCUUUUUACAAGUUAACUCCUGCUCAAAUGUUUUCUGGAAUCCCAGGUAAACCUGAAAGGACGAUACAAAAUCUGUUCUCAGAAGCAUACAAGACGGCUCCUUCAAUCAUAUUCAUCGAUGAGAUUGAUGCUAUUGCUCCCAGCAGGGGAAGAAGUUCACACGGGGAUAUGGAAACACGAAUUGUGACACAACUUUUGACAUGCAUGGACGAGCCCCAAAUCUUUGGCACGUCAAAUGUACAUUCAAGCUCAACAACAUCCGAAAAAACAGCUGGUUAUGUUCUUGUAAUUGGAGCAACAAAUCGACCUGAGGCUCUAGAUUCGGCUCUCAGGAGGCCUGGACGAUUUGAUCAAGAAAUUGCUUUGGGUAUUCCUAAUGAAAAUGCACGAGCCGAAAUCCUAUCUCUUUUAACACGUAAUCUGGAACUUCUCGAGGACUGUAAUUUAGCGAAAAUUGCCAGAGGUACACCAGGCUUUGUUGGAGCCGACUUGUCGGAAUUGGUUAAUAAGGCUGGUAAGAUUGCAAAGAAAAGGAUAAUUGCUAUUACAAAAUGCAAUAAUGAAGUGCCCAAUGUGCAACCGCUGGAAGCAUGGGAAAUGGAAGGACUUGGCAUUAGCAUGACUGAUUUUGAGGACGCAUGUAAAAUGGUUCAACCAUCUUUAAGAAGAGAAGGAUUUUCACCUAUCCCCAAUAUCAAGUGGGAAGAUGUCGGUGGUCUUGACUUCCUGAGGAGGGAAUUUGAAGAAUAUAUUGUCAAUCGUAUAAAGUACCCCGAGGAUUAUGAGGAAUUUGGUGUAGGUUUUGAGCAAGGUUUUUUGCUAUACGGGCCUCCUGGUUGUGGUAAAACUACAAUUGCAAAGGCUAUAGCAAAUGAGGCAGGAGCGAAUUUCAUACACAUUAAGGGCCCUGAACUUCUGAAUAAGUACGUGGGAGAGACUGAGAGGGCAAUCCGGGAAUUGUUUACUCGUGCUAGGUCAUGUUCUCCCUGCAUUCUUUUCUUUGAUGAGGUGGAAGCAAUAACAUCAAAGCGAAGAUAUGAAGGGAGCACCGGGUCGCGGGGUGUUGAGAAACUUUUGACCCAGUUACUCAUAGAGCUAGAUGGGGGUGACAAGCGGAAUUGUGUUUUUGUGAUUGGUGCUACAAACAGGCCAGAGGUUAUGGAUGAAGCUGUCAAAAGACCUGGUCGGCUAGGGAAACACAUUUACGUCCCCUUGCCAAGUCCAGAAGAACGUGGGUUGAUAUUAAAAGCCCUUACCAAGAACAAACCUAUAUCCGAGGAUGUAGAUAUAGUUGCCAUCGGUAGGAAGAAAGCUUACAAGAAUCUAAGUGGAGCUGAUCUUGCUAAAGUGGCUGACAAAGCUGCCAUGAUCGCCCUAAAGGAGAAGCGGGUGUGGCGAAUGUCAGGUGAGUGCAGUCACGAAACAAAGAAAUGGACGAUCAAUGAAACACACUUUGAUCGAGCAGUGGAGACGGUCUCACCAUCUGUUACAGACGAGCAGCGGAGAUUUUACAAGAGACUACAUGCAAGUUAUUCAGCUUAGGAGAAUAUUUCCACGGAAUCCAUCGCUGCCAUCACCAAUCAAACCUUUUUCAACUCUUUGUAUUAAAAAAAAAUCACCAACCACAUGCGGUUUAGUUCCUUUGCCACAUCAUGUGUAUUAAUAUGGGAUGUAAUAUCUAUACGUAUUAAUGACAUUACGAUGACAUUUCACCAUAUUUACUCUCUGCAACGUUUAAAAUUUUAGGUUACGAAAACUGCAAAUUAGUAGGUUU